GUCUGGAAAGCCAAUCCGGUGACAAGGCCUACUAGGAUUUUUUUUUGCCUUUUUCCUCUUGGGUUGGUCCGGUAUUCGUAUUCGGUCUCGUACACGAAGGCUACUAUGAUCUGUACAAGUGUGUGUUCGUAAUUCGUCCAAUAUCAUUUCAAAAAGUUUAGUGGUGGCAAGUUUUUUUUUGCUUUUCAACGCAGUAGUCUUCGACUUUCGGUGUAAAAUACAAGACUCUAGCAGCGGCAGAUUUUUUUUCUUUCGGUCCGUUUUCGGUUUCGAGUCGUCGCGAAUAAAUCCGGUCGUGAAAAAGCGAAAAUUUCCUUCCAGACGAGGGUAUUUUUGGACGGUGUGUGAAGAUCCAAGAUUUUGAAAGUAAAAUCACUCUCGCCUAGAAGUGACAAAUUGACCCGUUUCGAGUAACCAUCAUCAGAAAAACAAAAAAUCACAAUGAGCUGGCAGGAUUAUGUUGACAAUCAGCUCCUGGCUUCCCAGUGCGUUUCGAAAGCGGCCAUUGCCGGUCAUGACGGCGGCAUUUGGGCCAAAUCCGAUGGAUUCGAAGUAUCAAAAGAAGAACUGGCGAAAAUAGUGCAGGGCUUCGACAAAACCGAACUGCUCACCUCAGGAGGCGUGACACUGGCCGGCCAGCGUUACAUAUACCUCUCCGGAACCGACCGAGUAAUCCGAGCUAAGCUGGGCAAGAUGGGAGUACAUUGUAUGAAGACACAGCAGGCUGUUAUAGUAUCAAUUUACGAAGAGCCAGUGCAGCCUCAGCAAGCAGCGUCUAUAGUCGAAAAGCUUGGAGAUUAUCUAAUUACCUGUGGUUAUUAGAAGAGCCUACGGCGGCAGUGUGAGCGUAUUUCUCUUGUAAUUGUGUAAAAUCAGUUCAGUAUGAUAAGAAAUUGUAAUUUGUAUUAGCUCUUAAAAUCAUUAAGCAUCUCUCUGAAUUGGUCGAAUCGAAGAACUGAAGGAAGAAAGAAUGCGAAAGCAAGAGCGGAGGAGAUUAUAGGAGAGUCAAAGAUGAAGGGAAGUGAAAACUUGCACUUAGAGAACAAAUUAAAAUUCUUACGCAUUCUUCGAUGGCACAUGAGAUGAAUUACAGUCAUAUAGGAUACGACCAUGGGUUGUAAUGUUGAAAUCAUAGGAGGACGAAUAAAACAAACGCAUGUAAAACUGAAAGAAAUUAUGGAAGACCAUUUUUGAUGGUGUAAAAAGAAUGAAACGCAUAAGCUACUCUACUAUUAUUAUCAUCCGUAACUGUAUUAAUUAUUCCGCGAUGAAACAGAGCUGAGGUAUGGAAACAGAUUUCGAUUCAUAAUUUGCAAAAAAAUGUGCGAGAACCGUUUUUCUUUGUGUCGGACAGCAUAAAUACAAGCAUAACUAUGAGAUAAACAAGCGAAUCAAUAUGAUAAGGAUAAUGCAAUGAUAAUAAAAACCGCAAGAAAAGAAUAACAGCGAAAAUAAUGGACAAAAAUGUGUGUGAUUUACUACUAAUUUACAAAUAAGUGAAAGCAUGUGAAAAAUUGAAGAGGUUUUAUUUCUCUUUGUUUUUUUUUUAUAAAUUAUAGAAUUCUUGUGAUUAUAAAUUAUUCUUAUCUUAUGAUCGAAAGGAAAACAUGCUGUUGGUUUCUAGUUUUUUUUCUACCAUUUUUCCCAGAAAAAAACACAAACAUCCCUAUUCUGUUUAUUUCUGACUAUCCAUUGAAUACUAUCCUCCAUGAAUGUCCUUUCAGUACAGAAAGAAAUAAAAAAGAAACACGAAAACUUAAA